UUUGGCUUCUCGGUUCUGCUUGUCGGCGCCAUUAGAGAUAGGCUGAAAGAUUGCUUUGGAAAUGGGGGUUCAGAUGGUUUGAAAUUGGAAGGCGGCGGCUGAUACGGAGUUAUUUUUUGACGUGGGUCGAGCCGCUAGGUUUGUGAGUUCAGGGUGGGACGGGGAACCAUGUAAAUAAAGGGGUUCGAAAAUAACGAAGGAGUGAAAUCGGAUUUGGAAAAGCUUGCAGAGGUCGGAUACUGGGCUGCCUGGGGGAGAGUUGUUGUUGUGGUUCAGAAUUGGACAGAGGAAUAUAAGCACAGGAAAAGGUGUCUGAGAGAGUAACCAGCAAUGACGGAACUUGGGUUAAAGUGGGCCUGUGAAUACUGCACGUAUGAAAACUGGCCGUCCGCAAUCAAAUGUACGAUGUGUCGUGCACAGAGACCCAGCGCCACCAUCAUUACAGAAGAGCCCUUUAAAAGCAGUCCCGGUGUCGAUGGCAGCAGGGAGUGGGACCCCACCAGCCCGGAAGGCGGGAGCAGCCUUUUAAUUUGCCCGGACUCCAGUGCUAGGCCCAGAGUUAAGACGUCCAACAGCACAGAAAUCCCCAGUAAAUGGUCAUGCCAUAUUUGCACUUACCUAAACUGGCCCCGUGCAAUAAGGUGUACCCAGUGCUUGUGUCAGCGUUGGACCAGAAGCCCUACAGAGUCCCCCCAGUCCUCAGGUGCAGGUUCCAGGCCAGCUCCCCCUCCCGUUGACCCCUGUGAGGAAUACAAUGAUAGGAACAGACUGAACACACGAGUGCAGCAUUGGACUUGUACAGCUUGCACCUAUCAAAACUGGCCCAAGACCAGGAAGUGUGUUGUGUGUGAUCACCCUAAGCCUAACAACACUGAAGCAAUAGAACUGGCAGACUCUGAGGACCCCUCCUCAGUCAUUAAUGAGCAGGACCGGGCGAGGUGGAGGAGUAGCUGCAGCGGAGGCCAGAGAAGGUCGCCCCCCACCUCCAAGAGGGAAUCCAAGGUUAAAAUGGACUUUCAGCGGAUUGAGCUGGCGGCUGGGGCAGGUGGCAGCAAAGAGGAAUUGGCGAUUGACUUUAAAAAGCUAAAACAAAUAAAAAACAGAAUGAGAAAGACAGACUGGCUUUUUCUCAAUGCUUGUGCAGGUGUUGUGGAAGGGGACUUGGCAGCAAUAGAGGCCUACAAGUCAUCGGGAGGUGAUCUUGCAAGGCAGCUCACAGCUGAUGAAGUUGGUCUGUUAAAUCGUCCUUCUGCUUUUGAUGAUGGUUACACGCUGGUACAUCUAGCUAUCCGCUUUCAGCGUCAGGACAUGCUGGCAAUUUUACUGACAGAGGUCUCUCAACAAGCUGCAAAAUGCAUCCCUGCAAUGGUGUGCCUGGAGCUUACAGAACAGAUCCGCCGUGAGAUUGCUGCAUCCCUCCAUCAACGCAAGGGAGACUUUGCCUGUUACUUCCUCACUGACCUCGUCACCUUCACUUUACCUGCAGAUAUAGAGGAUCUGCCGCCUUCUGUCCAAGAGAAGUUAUUUGAUGAGGUGCUAGACAGGGAUGUACAAAAAGAACUGGAAGAAGAGUCCCCCAUUAUAAACUGGUCCUUGGAGCUUGGAACACGACUGGAUAGCCGUCUGUAUGCCCUUUGGAAUCGCACAGCUGGGGACUGCCUGCUAGAUUCUGUAUUGCAAGCUACAUGGGGCAUUUACGACAAGGACUCAGUUCUGAGGAAGACCCUCCAUGAUAGUUUACACGACUGUUCACAUUGGUUCUACUGCCGCUGGAAGGAGUGGGAGUCCUGGUAUUCUCAAAGCUUUGGUUUGCAUUUCUCUUUACGGGAAGAGCAGUGGCAGGAAGACUGGGCGUUUAUACUCUCUCUUGCUAGUCAGCCUGGAGCCAGCUUGGAACAGACUCAUAUUUUUGUUCUUGCGCACAUCCUUCGUAGACCAAUCAUAGUUUAUGGAGUAAAGUAUUACAAAAGUUUCCGUGGGGAGACAUUAGGGUACACGCGUUUUCAAGGUGUGUAUUUGCCUUUGUUGUGGGAACAGAGCUUCUGCUGGAAAAGUCCAAUUGCUCUGGGUUACACAAGGGGCCACUUCUCUGCACUUGUUGCAAUGGAGAAUGACGGUUAUGACAAUCGAGGUGCUGGUGCCAAUUUAAACACAGACGACGAUGUUACAGUUACCUUCUUACCCUUAGUCGACAGUGAGAGGAAGCUGCUGCACAUACACUUUCUAUCUGUCCAAGAGAUUGGGAAUGAGGAGCAGCAGGAGAAGCUGCUGCGAGAGUGGCUGGACUGCUGUGUCACCGAAGGCGGGGUUCUGGUUGCUAUGCAGAAGAGCUCCCGUCGGCGAAACCACCCACUGGUGACACAGAUGGUGGAGAAGUGGUUGGAUCGUUACCGCCAGAUCCGCCCCUGUGCAUCUCUCUCGGACGGGGAGGAAGAUGAGGAUGAUGAUGACGAGUGAGGAGAGGGGACCUGGAGGAAGACCAGAAAGCGCCAUUUCCAUUUGGUAUGGAAACAGCGAAUCCUGAGGGACAGCUGUGCACAUGUGAGAUGGCCUGUCACCAUCUAGAAGUAAUGAAGAAGGGUCCGUCUCUGGCUGACGCUGUAGGAGGAUGAAACAAACAAAUACACUUGUACUGUGCUGAGAAGUAGGACUGGGUUGUAAUGAAAUACAGAUUCUAAUUUACUGAAAUGUUACUGAGGAGCUACAAGAAAAAAAAAAAGCUUUGUUUUAUUUUUUCCAAAUGUAAAUCUUUAUCCAUAAAUGUACUGCAUGUGGUUGUGUGUAAGAAGUUGUGUAAUAGGAAAAAAUAUACCUGCUAAAUUUAUAUUGGUUUAAUAAUAUGGGCACUUACAAAAGCACAGUUUUUUAGAAUGGCAUUUUGUUCCUUCUGGAUUUAUUUUUAUUCAUUUUUAAAGCCUAAAAAACACAUUUAUACUUUUUUCUUCUUUUUAUGUCCGUAUCACAAAUGCCACAUCAACAUCACAUCUGUACAGAGAGAUUACCUUUGCAAGUUACACAUUAUGAACACCCCAGAUACAGCGCACAAUCAUUUUAAAUAAACCUUACAAGAAUAAAAGGAAAUCUUUAAGGAACAAACUGGGAAGGAAUUAUUUUUCAAAUGUAUCAUUUUGACUUUAGUACAAAAUUAUAUUGGAAUGAAGAGAAAAAUGAUUGACAUGUUUUCUGAUGUUUUAUUGUUUCACUUAUGCCCCUCCUGAAAAUCCCUGUGUUUUUGCAAUAUGUAAUUGCAUAUAUUUAAGUGACCUACAGUACAGAGGAGCUACUUUAUUAUUUUGUCCCAUUUGUUUUUCCCUCCUCAACCCACCAACCCCCACUUUUGGUUUUGAGCAGAUGUUGUGGUUUUGUUGAUGGUUUAUUCAAUCUUUAUGAAGAAUUUUAUGUUGCACAAAUACAUAUUCUUGCUGUGAGAACUG